UCAUACUCAAAGUAAUCUGUGUGUAAUAAAAAAAUAAAGUCAAACAAAAAUGGCAGCCGGGCCGAUUGCUGAACGAAAUCAAGAUGCUACCAUUUAUGUCGGUGGUCUUGAUGACAGGGUAUCGGAGAGCUUGCUCUGGGAGCUUUUCGUCCAAUCAGGACCAGUCGUCAAUGUACACAUGCCCAAAGAUCGGGUGACACAGACACAUCAAGGAUAUGGAUUCGUGGAAUUCAUGGGAGAAGAGGAUGCGGACUAUGCCAUCAAGGUGAUGAAUAUGAUAAAGCUGUAUGGAAAACCGGUGCGAGUGAACAAAGCUUCAGCACAUCAGAAGAACCUGGAUGUGGGUGCGAAUGUGUUCAUCGGCAACUUGGAUCCAGAAGUAGAUGAGAAAUUACUUUAUGAUACAUUCUCUGCGUUCGGAGUGAUAUUACAAACACCUAAGGUUAUGAGAGACCCUGAGACUGGCAACUCGAAGGCGUUUGCCUUCAUCAACUUCGCUUCGUUCGAGGCAUCGGACGCCGCGAUCGAAGCUAUGAACAAUCAAUACCUCUGCAACAGACCCAUAUCGGUGUCGUAUGCCUUCAAGAAGGAUGUGAAGGGAGAGAGGCACGGAUCUGCUGCUGAAAGAUUACUAGCUGCCCAAAACCCGCUAUCGCACGCGGACCGGCCGCACCAGCUGUUCGCGGACGCGCCCCCCUCCCUCAUGGGGCCGGUGCUGAUGGCGCCGCCGCCGCCGCCCGCGCCGUCGCCGAUGCCGCCGCCGAUGCCGCCGCCCGGCGCGCGCCCCCCCAUGCCUAUGCAGGCGCCGCCGCCGCCGCCGAGCUCGAUGAUGCCGCCGCAUGGUCCACCGCCGCCGCCCGGGCCGCCGCCGCCACCACCAUUCCAUCACUACCCGCCGCCCCCAUUCGGCCCUGGUGGCUUCGGGCCGCCCCCGCCCGGCGCCCGCGGCCCGCCCCCGCCGUGGCGCCCCCCGCCCCCGCAGUUCCGCCCCCAGUACCCGCCGCGUGGGCCGCCGCCCUUCGGACAUCCGCCCUUCCCGCCGCACCACCCGCCUGAGCCGAAUUAUAACUAUUGAAACUGUGUG